AUGGAGAGGCCAAUGGAGUCGACGCGCUCCUCCACCGAGACCCCUCGGAACGAGGAGACUAUCAUAGCACACGCUGUUGAUCAUCAUGAUGAGAAAAGAACCGACUCAGACUACCCAGAGGGUGGAACAAAGGCAUGGCUUGUCGUGUCAGGGUCAGCUGCCAUCAUGUUUUGCACAUUCGGUUACCUGACUGGAUUCGGCAUCUACCAGGCCUGGUACGGAGAUCACCAGUUGGCAAAGUACACCCAGUCCGACAUAUCCUGGAUUGGGUCUGUCCAGAUCUUCCUCAACUUCUCAGUCGGUCUGAUUGGGGGGCCAAUCAUGGAUCGGUACGGCACUGUUGCAGUCAUCCCGGCCUCUGUGCUUUAUGCCGUCUCCUUGGUCCUCACGAGCUUCUGCAAGGAGUACUACCAGUUCUUCCUUGCUCAAGCAGUGUUAGGCGGCAUCUGCCUCGGCCUGCUGUUCAACACUGCCCUCGCCAUCAUCGGGCAGUACUUUGACCGGCGGCAGGGCCUCGCCGUCGGUAUCGCCAUGGCGGGUGCAGCCCUGGGCGGAGUUAUCUUCCCAGUGGCACUGAACCGCCUGCUUAACGACGUGGGGCUCAGCUUCGGCUGGUCCGUCCGGGUCUGCGCACUGAUUAUUCUCGUGCUCUUGGCGUUCGCCAGCCUGACCAUGAAGACACGCUUGCCUCCUGCCCGCCAGAGCAUGGACUUCAGCCUGAUGCGGCGACCAGUCUACAUCCUGAUUGCUGCCGGCGGUUGGCUGCUGAACUGGGGGAUGUAUGUCCCUCUGUUCUACCUGCCGUCCUGGUCGAUCAGCGCUGGUCUAGACAGCGCCAUGGCGCCCUAUACUGUCGCCAUCUUCAACGCCGUCUCCCUCUUCGGACGCAUCUUCGCUGGGACGCUCGCUGAUCAGUUUGGCUGCUUCAACGUCGUCAUAGUGAACGGCCUGCUCUGCGCUCUGAUGCAGUUCGUCUGGCCUGGGACGCACAGCGCUGCUGGAGUGUACUGCGUCUCCGUUUUCUCAGGCCUCUUCAUUGGAAGCAUCGUCAGUCUGCAGGCGGCUAUUGUCGGACAGAUCACGCCUGAUCCAAAGUACAUCGGAUCUAUGAUGGGAUUCACCAUGGCCAUCUGGGCUUGUGGUGGCUUGACCGGGCCGCCAAUUGCGGGCGCAAUCCUGAACGUGAAUGGCAGCUUUGAUGGGCCUGCGUACUUUGCCGGAGCCUCACUCGUGGUUGGCUCGGCUCUCUUUCUGGCCGCGAGGCUUCUGACCAACUCGAAGGUCCUUGUCAAGGUCUAG